UGCUGCCUCAAUGAGAAACGCAACACUUUAUUUUUAUUUCUUUUGUAAAACAAGAGCGAUCGACCCGCGUUCGCUUCGCUCGCGAAUCCCGCCGAGCCGCGUUCUCCGCACUCGGCAGAGGCGACUCGCGCCCGGCGCACGAGCCGCCGCCGCUGCCGCCGCCGCCGCCGGUGGGACGAUCGAGAGAAAUGCGAGCGGCUCGCGCCUCCAGCGGGACGACUUAGCCAACUGCCAUAAUCGCCGCCGCGUCGCUGCAAAAUGGACGCUGCAGCUUGGAGCAAUUUCCUCUUCCAGAAUCCUCCCACCCAGAACCAAGUCGAGGGGAGCCUCCAAUCAGAGCUCCUCCCAGUGCACGCCGGUUCUCCUCACACCCCGCCCACCGAGCACGUCGCUCAGCCUCCCUCCACGGUGGACACCGCCGCCCUCAACGAGGAGCCCAUACCUGUGAAGGCGCCCUCUCGGCCAGCCCGUGUUCCCCACAUCUGUGCCAUCUGCAACAAGCAGUUUAAGAACAACUACAACCUGCGGCGUCACCAGUCGGUCCACACCGGGGUACGCAUGAGGGACAGGGCCAGGGAGCAGGCGCAGGGGCCAGCGAUGGCAGCGGCAGGGACGGGAGGGGGGGUGGAGAGACCAACCAUUCCCCUCUCCCUGCUCCAUCUCUCCGCUCAGCCCUCCCUUGCCCCUCCCGGCAUGCUGGCGGGGGUCCAGCAGCCUUCGCUGGGUAGUCAGGAUGGAGGAGGGGAUGCCUUGGCAGGCAUAGUGGCUAGUGUUAACCCCCAUGCUCCACCUCCUGCUGCUGUCGUCAUGACAACCGGGACGACAGUACAGCGGCCGGCAAAUCCCAACCCCAACCCCGUGAGGAAGAACCACGCCUGCGAGACGUGCGGGAAAGCUUUUCGUGAUGUCUACCACCUCAACCGCCACCGUCUGUCCCACUCGGACGAGAAACCCUUCUCCUGCCCCAUCUGCCAGCAGCGCUUCAAGAGGAAAGACCGCAUGAGCCACCAUGUCCGCUCCCACCAGGGCGGAGUAGAAAAGCCCUACAUCUGCCCCCACUGUGCCAAGGCCUUCUCCAGACCUGAUCACCUCAACAGUCACGUGAGGCAGGUCCACUCCUCUGAGCGACCCUUCAAAUGUCCAACAUGCGAGUCCAGCUUCGCUACGAAGGACCGCCUGCGCGCCCACAUGAUUCGUCACGAGGAGAAGGUUCCCUGCCACAUCUGCGGCAAGCUCCUGUCGGCUGCUUACAUCACAGAUCACAUGAGGGUGCACAACCAGUCGCAGCACCACGCGUGCCAUCUGUGCAACCGCAGUUUCACUACACUGACCUACCUGCGUGUCCAUGCCCAGAAGCACCACGGUCAGGAGUGGAAGGAUGGCUCGGGGGGGUUCGGUGCCACAGCCUCCGGUGGCGUGCUUGUGUGCCAUCUGUGCGGCGUCCACUGCAAGACGCCCACCCAGCUCCAAGGCCACAUGGGCACCCACAGCAGCAACCAGUCUGCCCCCUGCCCCAUCACCUCCAGCGGGGCGGCGAGCAGCUCGGUCUCCCUGAGCAGCAUGGUGACAGCGCCCACUGUCUACGUGGCGGGGAACACGGUGGUUGACCUACUGGUCACGGACUGCUCGAGCAUCGCCGCGCCGCAGACCCACAGCUAGCGCAGAGAACCCAGCAGUGCAAGCCUCAGUGCGCCAACAACGGGAGGAGGUGGGGGGGAGAGGAGGGAAGGUAUUCCAAUCGCUGUUCAGGGGUAAGGGGAGGACAGUAGGCAAAAGGAGGGAAAGAAAGCGAGAGAGAGAGAGAUUACUUAACUACACUCGCACCGAAAAUAAUGAACUUGGAUGUGAUGCCCCGAUGUUCUGGACGUUCAUCCUCAUUCAAAGACUCUGAUUCAACUGUAGUACAGGGAGCCCCCCACCCCCCACCCCACCCCCAAUAACCUUUAUUACUUCACAAGUUCAUUUAGUUUAGAGUUAUGAUUAGGAUGAAAAAAAAUCACAGCAGGAGAGAAGUCUCUCCCCCUCCUCUCCCUCCCUCCCUCAGCUAUGGCUUCUGUCUACGAGUGCAACCAGGUACUGUACAUCGCUCACCAGCUCUCAUCUCACCUCCAUUUCCCUGCUCACACCGACUGAGAAUCUGGGAGGCGUAAGAAUUAGUGGGAGCUGACAAAAAAGGUUAGAAAUGUAAAAUGUCAAAAACGGCACCGGAGAAUGAACGUUAGAAAAGGGGCAUGUAGUUCAGAGUCCGCUCUGUUGUUUUAGCCUGCUAGCUUCUGUUUGAGUUUGCUAAGCUAUUUUAUCAAGUCUG